AAUACCCAUUUAUUUCUCGCAGUUUCAAAUUUUCUUUUCCUUCACUUUCCCGAGAAAAAAAUAACACUUUUCACUUUCUUCACUACGUUCUCACUUCGAUAUGGCUCGUACGAAGCAAACCGCUCGCAAGUCCACCGGUGGCAAGGCGCCACGUAAGCAGCUCGCCACCAAGGCCGCUCGGAAGUCCGCUCCGGCGACCGGAGGAGUGAAGAAGCCCCACCGCUUCAGGCCGGGAACCGUGGCGCUGAGGGAAAUCAGAAAGUACCAGAAGAGCACCGAGCUUCUCAUCAGGAAGCUUCCAUUUCAGAGGCUCGUGAGAGAAAUCGCGCAGGAUUUCAAGACCGAUUUGCGUUUCCAGAGCAGCGCUGUUUCCGCGCUUCAGGAGGCUGCUGAGGCUUACCUCGUUGGGUUGUUCGAGGACACUAACCUCUGCGCGAUUCAUGCUAAGAGGGUUACCAUUAUGCCCAAGGAUAUCCAGCUUGCACGCAGGAUCAGAGGCGAGAGGGCUUAGAAACAAGGUUGAGAGGUUUGGGUGUUAGGUGCUUAGGGUUAGGGUUCUGGUCUUGAAGGAUGUGUUUGGGAGUUUGGUUGUAGGAAUCCUCUCCAUCUGUGUGUUUAUGUGGAAUGUGAAAUGUGAAUCUCUUUGCUUUUGUAAUUAUAUUGUGUUACUAUGAGGAGUUAAUGAAAAUGCUAUGGUUAUUGAAGAAAAUUGUUACUAA